CGGGCGAUCGAUACGGUCAAGAGCUGUAGCACGCACAGCCAGCAGUUUAAGGAGAUCGUGUCGAACAUCGUGUUCAAGAAUCAGAACGAGCAGAAGCUGUCGCUCGAGGAGCUGCUUCACAAACCUGUCGCCCGCGUACAGAAAAAUGCGCUCGUACUGGAGGACCUGUUGGCGCAUACGCCCGAACAGCAUCCCGACUAUCUGCCACUCCGGCAGGCGUCGAAGACGAUGCGUACAUUUUUGGCCGAAUUCAACGUCGUCCAGACGCGCACCAUGUUUCCGAGCGAGGAUAAGGCCCUGCGCCGACUAGUGCGCAACUCGUUCAUCGUCGAGCUAGCGGACGGUCAUCGGAAGCUGCGUCAUCUCUUCCUCUUCAACGAUGUUAUUGCGUGUGCCAAAUACAAGGCAGCAGGGCGCGGGGCGAGCGAACGGAAUGGGUUCGAGUUCGAGCUCAAAUGGUUUAUCCCGCUGCGCGAUAUCCUCAUCUGCGAGGAAUCGGCCAAUGAUUCGAAGGAGGCAAGCCCAAUCAACAUCGUGCAGCUAAAAUCGCAGGCGUGCACGGUGCGCGACCAAAUCAUGCUGGAUGAGCGGGACGAGAUGGGACGACGUGGUGGCGGCAGCCGGUUAGGCGGGGCGCCCGGUGGAUCGAGCCGCGUUGGCGACAAACAUCGAAAGAAGCUGGCAGACCUGGAGGCCCAGCUGGUGCUCGCUUCGCCGAACCUGGUGUUUAAGAUAGGCAAUAAAGCUACCGGCAAGACGAUGACCUUCUUCCUCAGCUCCGACUUCGAGCGAACGCAGUGGAUUGAUUCGAUCCUUUCGCUGCAGCAAUCGUGCAAUCUUCCCGGGCAACUGGCAGUGCAGAUCUACGAUCUGCAGGCGUGGAUCACCGCCUGCCAGGCGCUGAUCAAAACCGAGAUGGGCUCCUACUUAAUGAGGAACGCGCGUGACGAGAGUCUGCUGGUAGGGGACCUACACCUUACCAUCCAAGGGCUGACCGGUUUCGAUCAGCCGCCGUGUGAUCUAUUUGUGUGCGUUGAGAUCGAUUCAUACGGGCAUUACUUCCGCAAGGCCAAAACCAAGCUCGUCUGCCGCAGCUCCUCGCCGUACUGGAACGAAUCGUUCGUGCUCGAGCUCGAGGGCAGCCAAAACCUGCGCCUACUGCUCUACCAGGAUGCGGAGCAACGACAGAAACUGCGAGCAAAGCACGUGUUAAAGCUGAGCCGCAGCUGGCUACAGGAGACGCCCGUCAGCAAGUCCCUGAAAUUGUCGGAAUCGCUCAGCCUCGGCACGGUGAUACGCUUCGUGCCGGGUGAAGUGACUUUGCGCCGGGUACCGACGUCCAAACCCGGCGCCCUUUUCGGUGCCAAACUGCAGUCAGUCAUCAAGCGUGAAAAGCGCGACAUCCCAUUCAUCGUGAGUGCUUGCGUGCGCGAGGUCGAGCGGCGCGGUAUGGCCGAGGUCGGCAUUUAUCGCGUAUCUGGUUCGGCGUCCGACGUGGCGAAGCUGAAGAAAUCGUUCGAAACAAACGCUUACGAGGCGGAACAGUUGCUCAAGGAGGUGGACGUGCACUCGGUCACGGGCAUCCUCAAGUCUUACCUGCGGGAAUUGCCGGAGGCGCUCUUCACCGAUCAGUAUUACCAGCAGCUGUUCGACGCCUUCAACCAACAGACGUACACGAAUGAGGCGGCUCGCAUUCACGAGCUGCAGCGCAUAUUCGCCGAUCUGCCGCAGCCUAAUCGCGCCACCAUCAACCUGCUGCUCGACCAUCUCAUGCGGGUGCACCAGCAGGAGAUCGAAAACAAGAUGUCGCUGCACAACCUUGCCAUGGUGUUCGGGCCAACCCUGUUACGGCCGGGACCCACGGCUUCCAAGCAAAAGGAUCUGCUCGAGUCGAGCACGGCCGACGUGAUGACGCAAGCCGGUAUUCUGUACAGCUUUCUGCAGGCCCGGCUGAAAUAGUAUUAACCAAUCGAAACGCAGCCCCGCACCACUACACAGGAAAGCUGCCUCGACAAUGGCGUCGUCGACUCGCUUGGCGACGGUUGUGAGGCAGCAAUCAGUGGCAGACCACGACCGUUGCGCACCGAUUAAGGGAGCUUGUUUUUUUCUAUAUAUAUAUAUAUUUAAAGGGCGGGACGGGAAACUGUAUGUUUAUCGAACGGACGGAGAAGUAGCUGUUUUUGUAGUGAUAGUUCAUGAGCGAAACGCAAUUUUGAUUCAUGAGCGAAACGCAUUUUUUUCUUUUUUAAAUAUCACCCACUUCCCCGUACACGACUUCCGUUCAAGCUUAUGAACGGUAGCAAUAUAUUCGUACCUAUUUACCAUACACGGACCAUACACAUACGACAUGAUUGCGCGAUAAUAGGUAACCAGGAGAGAGUCAUAGUAAUGCAAUCAGCUUCUUCUAUAGCAAACAUAGCGUGACGGAUAGAAUUUGAUACAAGCGCCCUAAGACGAACGGAACUAACAGAUGUGAUGCAAGCCCAAGAGAGGAUCGUAAGGAUUCAACCCGUAUACCCGUAAAAGAUUUGCGCACGCACUGUCAUGAAACCAUUCGCAGUGGGACGAGCGGUAUUUGUUGUUGAAGCGACAAUUGGACGAAGGCAGCGCCCUCCCUAAUCUGAACGAACGUGUGUGGUAGAACCCACUUCUCAAGCUCUUACUUGCGUGCAUCCACACAUUCCUCCCGACGAUUCGGUUUCAUUAUUGCGAUUGCGGUCGUCUUUUUGUAACUUCAGUAUGUAUGUCCUCUUCCAAGCAGCUCGGAGAGUCAACGGCUGCUGCAGUAUGGGAAAAGUACGCAUAGAGCACGUAGCGGCCAGCGCAUGUGUGUAUUGAGAGUCUUGUGAGGAAAGCCUUUACACUGUUUGUUUGUUUUGCAACAUUUUGUUUUCGUUUUGUAAUAUUAUCAUUUUUUGCGUUUGCUAAUUACGAUUAUUUUUAUCAUUACUUCUAUUCGAUGUGUUUGCGUUUCGUUGUACCUACUAGGGCCAAUAAAGAUAAGGAAGGAAGGAAUUUCAUAGUCACGCAGCGACAACAGCAGCGAUAUCCGUACUAGUACAUCGCCAAACAGUGUUGUGGCAAUAUCACAGAUCAGAUCUAAUCGCAGGACGUUCUGGUAGGCGAAAGGCAAUGGCAAUCCGUAACAGAUCGAAUUGUUGAUACGACCUCUUUCAUACAGGAUUCGGUCUAUUAUAAGUAUUAUUUAUUCUUAUGAAAACCAAGACGUAAUAUAUUCACUCAUGUAACCUUCCUAAUCCCGUGGUGAUGCAAUUAGUUUGUGGAAAGUGUACGUAGCCGCUUGGUUCCGGAUUCCAUACCAGGUGCCCCAUGCUACUGGAUGCUGCUCAGUGAUGCCAGGAGCAGUAUGGCGCGCUCUAAAUGCAGAGUACCGGUGAAAUCCUCGGGUAAGUAACCGAGAUAGAAACAAACGACACAAAACAGAUCAAGCGUCUCCCAAUUUAGUAUGAGUCACGU